GGAACGACGACACGGAUAUUCGACAGGAUAGACGGAGACAAAUAUAUAUAAAAAAUGAUGCCAGACUUUUCUCAUCAUAGUGGUUAAAUGAACCCUUCAGAUGUCAGGCAACUCCCCUGGUCCUUCUGCUUGCCAGAUUCCACAUGAAUACUUUUCUGAACAUGGUGGCUAAAUAAACCCUUCAGAUAUUGGUCGGCUCCCGUGGUCCUCCGUCACUCUGCUGACAGCUGCUUGCCUGAGUCCAGAUGAAUGCCAAAGGUCUCCAGAGACAGUGUGAGGGGAAACUGACUUUGAGGAGCAGCAGUGUGUGAAUCUCUGCGGUGUCGCUCCUCUGCUGCUGCCAGUGCUCCCUCCAGGAUCCAAUGAUUACAGGGCAGCUGAGCAAGCCGCUGCUCUCCCUGCGCAGCGACAUGAGCGCGGCAGAACUCCGGGCGGACGACAAAGCGGCCACCCCAGACAGCGAUCUGAACGACGAGCCCCUGCUCCUGCCCUCCGAGGCCACGGACAGAGAGGGCACUCCCAACAAGCUUUAUGGAGCUCGUGACGGAUCGGUUCAGUCUGACGCCAGCAGCAGUCCCUCCGAGCAGAGUCAGCUGGGCCAGACGCACCCAGGAUACCCAAUGGGUCCACAGUCUCUCCUGGUGGCUCAGCAACUGGCUAACGCGGUAGGUGGUGUGAUGUCCGGGGCGGCACCAGGCAUGAACCAGCCCAUCCUCAUCCCCUUCAACGCAGGCGGGCACCUGGGUGGGCAGCAGGGCCUUGUGCUUUCUCUGCCCACAGCCAACAUCCAGAGUCUGGUGGCUGCUGCUGCUGCAGGGGGCAUCAUGACGCUCCCCCUCCAGAACCUGCAAGCUACCUCAUCACUGAACUCCCAGCUCCAGCACCUGCAGCAGCUCCAACAGAUGCAGCAGCACCACCACCAGCAGCAGCAGCAACAGCAGCAGCAGCAGCAACAGCAACAUCAGCAGCAGCAACAGCAGCAGCAGCACCACCAUCACCAACAGACUCAUUCCCAUAACCAGAACCAGCUGCCAUCCCAGCAUCACAUGACCCCAUCCAGCCAGCAGCAGCAGACCUCCGUCCCGUCUCCAGGCUCUACCUGCUCCUCCACCUCCGGGCAGCCACAGCAGUCCCCACCACACCGACCCAACCAGUCUCCGGCUCGGAGCCUUCCAUCGCCCGUCACUCCACCCAUGCCUUUGCCUAUGAAUCCUCUGGCCAGCCAGGCGGCGGUAGCAGCAGCAGCAGCCAUGGGAUCCAUCGCCAGCUCACAGGUGUUUGGCAACACCCUGUCAAACCUGCAGGGGGCCACCGGGCAACUGGUCACCAACGCACAAGGACAGAUAAUUGGAACAAUCCCACUGAUGCCCAACUCUGCAGGGCCCUCCAGCCAAUCAGGGGGUGGCAACCCAGCACUGCAGGUACAGCCAAUUACACCUCAGCUUCUGACCAAUGCUCAAGGCCAGAUCAUCGCCACAGUGAUCGGCAAUCAGAUCCUGCCUGUCAUCAACACCCAGGGAAUCACGCUGUCACCAAUCAAGCCUGGACAGCAGCUGCCUCAGGCUCAGCAGGGUCAGACCGGCCCCGCAUCAUCUCAGCCCAACCUGCUCCACAUGCCCCACAGACAGAGUCCUCUCCACCAGGCCUCUUCCUCCUCCUCCACCUCCUCCUCUUCCUCGGCUCUCAGCGUGGGGCAGCUGGUCAGCAACCCGCAGACCGCCCCCAGCGAGGUGGACGGGGUCAACCUGGAGGAGAUUCGUGAAUUCGCCAAAGCAUUCAAGAUCCGCCGGCUGUCCCUGGGCCUGACACAGACUCAGGUGGGCCAGGCGCUCAGUGCAGCCGAGGGGCCGGCUUACAGCCAGUCUGCCAUCUGCAGACACACCAUCCUGAGAAGCCACUUUUUCCUACCACAGGAAGCCCAAGAGAACACUAUAGGUAGCAGUCUGACAGGCAAACUGAACCCUGGCCUUUUAUAUCCUGCCAGGUUUGAGAAGUUGGACAUCACCCCUAAAAGCGCCCAGAAGAUUAAGCCCGUUCUGGAGCGCUGGAUGGCCGAGGCUGAAGCCCGCCACCGAUCCGGCAUGCAGAACCUGACUGAGUUUAUCGGCAGCGAGCCUUCGAAAAAACGCAAGCGGAGGACCUCUUUCACCCCGCAGGCGCUCGAGAUCCUCAACAGCCACUUUGAGAAGAACACGCACCCCUCUGGACAGGAAAUGACGGAAAUAGCAGAGAAACUGAACUAUGACCGGGAGGUGGUGCGUGUGUGGUUCUGCAACAAGAGGCAAGCCUUGAAAAACACAAUAAAGCGUUUGAAACAGCCCGACCUUGGCGCUGCCGCCCCAAUGGACCCUCUCACUGAUUCUCUAGAGGAGCUCCCGAAAUGAACGAGCUCUCUGACCAAACAGUGGAGUGGAAAAGUGGCAGCCAUUAAAAACAACAAAGGGUGGAUGAGCUCCUCUUGAAAUGAGAACUGACAAAAUGUUGCCCAAGUCACCCGGAUGGACAGUCACGAGUUUGCCAACAAAAACUAUGUGUUGUCAGUGUGAUUACCACAGUUAUGUAAAUUACCUUGGCGAAACCAAAAAACACGAAAAAAGAGAUUAAUAUCUGAGAAUUAUGUAAAAACAUACGGUGUGCUGUUUCAAAGAGUUUUUAGAUUCUGGCCUUACAGACCAGACUGUCGCCCAAAAUUUUGGUUCCCACCAGGAGGGAUUUAGUAGAGAGAUCAUACCAAAUCAAAACACUAUUUACCAAAGUCUGUUGCAUCUGAAUAAUUUUGUAAUGUAAAUGUGCUCUAAAUUUUUACAUUUGUACUGGCAGAAUCUAAGCUAUAUCUGUGAGGUUGAGUAUACAUUUUAUCUUUGUCUCGCUUACCUUUUUUCUUCAUUGUUUGUAUGUAAAUAUUUAAAAAAAAACAAAAAAGAAAGAAAGAAAGAUGCUGUCUUCAAAUUGAAAUCACACUGAUUAAAAAAAAAAUCUCUUUUGGACAUAAAAAAAUUAACCUUUGCUGUUAAACAAUUGCAUAAUAAUGUUGUUUGCCUCUGAUUUGUGUUUCAUCUCCAAAUAUUUUCAGUCACAGUGUAACUUUGUACAACUUUUACAGGUAUUUAUUAAUAAGUUCAUGAGAUUGAUUCACAGGAUGGACAAAAGGAAAAGAAACUAAGGACUGUCACAUGAUAACUAUGAUGAUGAUGAUGAUGAUGAUGAUGAUAAUGUGGGGUUUCAGUGUCUGUCAAGUCUACUGCAGCUUUGUUUCGAGCUACUGUGUCAUUCUAUUGCCAAAGCCUGAUAGCCAAAGAACACACACACACACACAACUUCAGCUCAAGGACUGGGGGAAGAUUUUACCUUUUUAUUUAUCUGUUCCCACGACUUUCUCUCCCCUUUUUCUAAAGUGUUUUAUUCUGUGGGUCAAGUUGAACAAAACAAACAAACAAAAAAAAAAAAAAUGUCAAAACUGUCAUGUCAAACAGCUGCCAAAAAGUGUCUGCUGUGAUGAAAAUGUGUUCUCUUUUUGAGCCAAUUUGCUUGUGCAUGCUUGAAAUCACGCCACAUGAAAAGAUAGUUACAUUUAAAUUUCACCAGGAAGGCCAAAAUUAGCAUUGAAAAUCUGAAUUUUCAUAAUUAUUUUACAUGAUACACCUUGAAACAUGAAGUGAAAUUAACCAAAUGUUUGGUUGAAGCUUUUCUGUUGCCACUGACCAAACUGCUUUUUUAUAACCGUAAUAUCUCACAUCAAAUGUGCUUUUCUCCAAAGAUAAAUUGCUCUUUCCACUGUAUUCUGCAUUCCUUUCGACUAAGUCAAUGUCACAGUCAAAAAAAAACAAAAAAACACUUUAUCUUAAACCUUUUAAUUUAAAAGGUUAACUGCAAGUGUUCAGUUUUUGUCCACUGAUUUUUAGAGUAAUUCACACUCCAUUCCUGUGCGCUCUUACUUUGUCAGAAACAUCAAUAAUCCAGGCAACAACAACAGCAACAACAAAAAAGAAACCCUCUUAAACCGUCACUGCAAAUAUUUGGCUCCUACAAAAACCCUCACAGGAAAAAAAAAAAAAAAAGAAAGAAAAAAGAGGUGAAUGCUGAGAAUAAGUGUCACAUGUCAGAGUGAGUGAACUUAAUUUGAAGUGAGGUGAAAUUUGAUGCAAUUUAUUCAGAAUCAUGUGUCUGCUCGAUAUAUGUCCUUUCAUGUCACAUUGGUUAUCUCAGUUUUUCAGUCCUUUUUUUUUUUUUGUGCACUGCCGGGUUCUUCUUCGCUGCCUGGAAAACGUACACGCACACACUGUAAAUGGUAGAAUAACACUUGAAGAAGCUUUACACGUGUGUGUUUUUAAAGAAAUCACUGAGGUUGUCUUGGAAAAGCAGAGAAGGCAGCUGCAAACUGUGGAGAAUUUCACUAAAUUUUCAUCUGCGCAUCCACAGCAGCUCCUGCUGUACGUCUUUUCACAGAUGUUUGUUGUUGUUUUGUUUUGUUUUUUUAUCUUCUUUUAAAUGCAUUGACUCCUACAGAUUUUGUGCAUUUUUAUUUUGCUUCCAGGAGAAAAAAAAAAACACUUAACUUCAGGCGAACCUUUGGCCAAGAAAUACAACUCUGCACAGAUAUGAGAAAGCAGCAGUGGAUCCGUUCUGAAGCUUAACAAUAAAGCUGUAACCAAAACCAAAAAAUAAAUAAAUAAAUAAAAGACGACACAGAAAGGAGUUAUGCCUUUGCUCAACUUUUCAAUGCUGGACCAAAGCUCUAUAGUUAUGCACAUUGUACAGAGAAAUAGAUUCAUAAUGUUGACAAUCUUUAAAAAUCUGAGAAGAAAAGGAUUGAAGCGUAGAAUUGUACAUUAGUUCAUCCAAGGUUUACCUCAGUACUGUUCUUGUGAGAAUCAUAAAAAUGCCAUACAAGCAGCCGCAGGUCAGUAGAAAAGAUGAAAAGACGACUACUCUGCACUGUGUGUGUGUCCAUGUUCACCUUCAACGUGGAGGGAGAGGCUUGUGGGGUUUUUUUUAUUACGUGACACAUGAUUGUUUUAUUUUCGUGAAGUGGUCUCCUGAGCCACAUGUGAGUCAUCUCUUUUAUAUUAUUGUAGGAUUAUUUCUCUUUUUUUGUGCCAUAUGUUCACCUCUCAGUUUUCAGAGCUCUGUAGACCUACGUAGAGGAAAAAAGGAGAUUACAGUAAUGUUGCUCUUAGCUCAAUUGGGAUUAUUUGUUUACCACUUAAAUACAUGUGUGAAAUUUUACUAACACAGACAAACUGGUUUGAAAUUUUGUUAAUAGUCAAAGAACUAGAAACCAAAGCUGAAGAGCCUGCAGAGGUUGGUUUGGUUUAUUUUAUUUUAUUUUAUUUUUUUUAUAUAGACUGAAAACUGUAAUCUAUAGAGCAAUAUCUGUUUGGUCAGUUA